AUGAAUUUCUAUGCGUAUCGUAUGAUGAUUCGUACACAUGAGGAGAAUGUCAUUCUGAAGUGCCGUCGGCUAUUCCAGCAAUUCGCUGUCGACAUGUAUGUCAAAGUCGAGACCGAACGUUUAGCGUUCAUCCGAUUCAAUCAGGCAAAUCUACGAUCUGAGGACUAUAUACACUUGCGUGAUGCUAUUCAUUCAGAUGGUGAUGUUCAGAAUAUUGGACGCCUGACGAUUCUCCCAUCAUCUUAUAUCGGAAGACCACGCCACAUGCACGAAUACGCUCAAGACGCUAUGACGUACGUGCGAAAUUAUGGAACUCCGGAUUUAUUUAUUACGUUCACAUGCAAUCCGAAGUGGACAGAAAUUGAACGUGAGUUAGACAUAAUCACCAGAGUAUUUCAGCAAAAAACUCAAGGUUAUGAUGGAUGUGCUUACUAA